AUGCAGCACAUCCCAGAGCUGACCGAGCAGCAGCUCAAGAUAGUCCUCACCGCGACGCGCAUCCAGAGCGAGCUGGAGGACUCCGAGGGUGCGAGCCAGACGAAGGAGUCGAUGAAGAUGGCCCUGGCGGAGAAGCUCGUCAUCGACAAGGUGAACGAGGCGCUCCGGGAGCUGAGCGAGGGCACCGGCGACGGGUCGGCGGAGUCGCUCGACCACGAGGGCUGGCUCGGCGGCCUCUCCAAGCAGAUGGGCCAGCAGAACCACCGCAUGCUGAACCUGCAGUGGCAGCUGCAGAAGCUGCAGUGGCAGUGGCAGGCGAUGGAGUCCGUCCACGGUCCUGGGCUGAACGGCAUCGCCGAGCAGGAGGAGGUGGCCGCGUCCGAGUCGGGGCCCGUGGACCGGGGCUUCAACAGCUCGCCCGCGCUGGGCCGCGCGCCGAUUUCGCGUUGGUGA